UUUCUUGGAAAAAAUCAAAUUGGUGCAUGUUAUAAAUUUUAAAUGUGUAUUACUUAUAGCAAAACCACGAUGACAUGGUACUGGCAUACAUAGGUCUUGGUAUAUAAAGCUUUGACAUGCUUUAGAUCCCUGUCAAAAAUUAUGAGAACACUCGGCAUUUGGUUGUACGCGGUUGUAUUCGCAGCUGGUCUUAGAAUGGGGGUGUUUGUGCCCCCUCGCUUGUCUUCUGAAUUUCUUCAGACUCUGGGCAUUGACCCAGGAGAGCGCGUACCCAUCACUCGACCUCUCUUACCGUACGUGCAGCAGCUGUUUCUUCAGAUAGAAGAAAAACAAGAUGACCUACGUAUGUAUUCCGACCGGGACCCCAGGGUGCUGUUCUACAAUCCGGAGUCGCAUUCCUCCGAAGGUCUCCUUGAGUUUGAUUUAUCAGGAGCACCUAUUGAUGGAAACGUGACCAAGAUAGAGGUUGCCUUCACGGGACAUACCCACCGACAGAUCUCUCUACAAAUCACAUCCCCAUACCGCCCCGGAAUCAGAGUGAGUUCCUUUCAUACAGAACAGGGACAUUUGGCUGACAUCACAAAUCUCGCUAUGGAUCAGGUGUUAAAUACAACAUUAAAUCUGUUUGUCUCUGUCAGUAAAUCCACUCACCAAGUAAGACACCUAAAUCCAAUUCUGGCGGUUUUCCUCGACAUAAAUGUCUCCCUAUUGCACUCAGUCCGUCGGAAGCGCUUUGUGCCAACUAAUAGAAAUUCGACAAUAAAUAUGGAAACAGCAGAAACUCUAAAUUACUGUCGUCUGAAAGAAUGGACUGUGGAUUUCCGGGAUUUAGGAUGGUAUGAAAAAUUCAUUCAGCGUCCUAUAACAUACCAGGCGAACAUUUGUGACGGAACUUGCCCCGUGGCUCCAAUGGACCCCUAUUUUAACGCCACAAACCAUGUACUGUUAAAAUUUCGCUUCAAUAAGAGACUGUGCUGCUCCCCGAUAGAAUAUAUGUCACAGACUUUAAUAUUCAUAAACAACAACAACAUAACCGCCAUACAGACAGUCAGAGGGAUGUCCGUGUCGCGUUGUGGCUGUCGCUGAGGCCAUUACUUUGGUGUAUGAUCUACUCAUAGUCAGUGUCCGUAACUCCAAAGAAACCCGCCAAGAAGUGAAUUUUCAAAUUUUUGACGCCAUUUUCUGAAGAAAGGGACAUUUCUAUUUUGAUGCUAGAAUCGUAUACAAUUGUAUUUGAGAUUCGAGAUAUAAAGUUUUGAAUGUUAAAAACUGGGAUUUUAUUUUGAUUUUGAUUCUAUCACCUCUUGGAAUAGCAACUAUUAGUGAAGCAUGUACAUGUAUUGCUGUUCGAUAUACCGAGGGAAUGUAUCCAGUUCAAAGGAAAAUCACACCCAUCAAUAUUUUUUGUUAAUCUUCCUGAGCUCUGAACGGCAAGGUUCAUGUAGAUAGAUACGUACCAUAUCAAGUGUUUGUUGUUCUAAAAAAUAUACAUGUAUGUUUGCAGAGUUUAAAAUAGCAUUUUAUUUGAUUUAUUCCUUAUUCAUUUGUAUGUCUUUUCACGUACUGGAGAAUCAUUGUAUUUUAAUAUGUGAGGCAGUGAUUGACUUGAUAGAAACUUACAUUCUCAGCAAAAUACAAUCAGGACUAUUACAUUGUUGCAGUGACUGGAUGAAUAGUGUGUUGUUAUUACUAAAUUUUCAGAGGAUGGUUUACGAUCUUAUGCACAGUUUGGAUGUAAUAUGUUGGUAAGAAAUGAUGCUAUUCAAGGAAAAUGAGUAUACAUGUACAUAACUCGGUUUAGAAACAAUCCUCUGAAUCAAUUCCUACAACAACAAAAUUUCUGUAUA